GUUCGGUGCACACUGACACGAAAAUUGGUGGAGCGUCGCCCAUAUCUGUUAACGAAAAUAGUGUGUUGUAAAAAUUGGAAGGUCAACAACAACAAUGUGCUAGAGUGAAUAAUUUCCAGUGGUCUUUGCACAAAAUAUUGACAGCACCAACCAUCAUGUUGUUGGGAAAGCUGACACGUCCAUUUGCAGCAAUCACAUCCAGGAUACAAUGUUUGUCCUCCCAUGGGAGUACACAGAUUAGCAGCCAUCUGUUACAGACCACCAGCCCAUGUGAACCACAGCUGCUCAGUCGGUGUAUGGCCAGUCUAGCACGCAUGCACAAAGUGGGCGAACGGAAAAGAACCAAACAAAAGCAAGCCCCAAUUCUCGGUGGAUGUCCACAGCUCAAAGGGGUGGUUAUUAAAGUGAUGAUCAGGAAACCUAAAAAGCCGAACUCUGCCAAUAGAAAAUGUGUCAGAGUGAGACUGUCCAAUGGUGCGGAGGCUUCAGCGUAUGUGCCAGGGGAGGGUCAUAACUUGCAGGAGCACAGCAUAGUGAUGGUGGAGGGGGGCAGGGUGCAGGAUGUGCCCGGUGUGAAACUGAACUGUGUCAGAGGGAAGUAUGACCUGCCGCAUGUGAAAAAGAAACCUACGUAACAAUUAUGAUAGUAUGAUAACAUUCAGUAUUUUACUAUAGAAAAUUGUGUCUUUUAUAUGUACUGAACAAUUGGACAUCAGUCUGUACGACAGUAAAUCUGGUAAUGCACUCAGAACACAAGCUACCAUACACUGUGGAGUGACCAAUAUUGAUUUUUCAUACUCCCCCUACAAUCCAGUUAUCAGUAUCUCGCUAAUCAAAUCAGCAGUUAAUUUGUUUCUUCAGACGGCACGCAUAAUUGUUACCAUGUCAUUUAUGACCGCCAAUUUAAACUAGGCCCUUAUAUGUAUUAUUCUUGGCUGCAUGUUGGGUGCAUCGUGCCAAAGUAUGAGCAUUCUGUACUUCGAGUGUCAUAUUCUGUGUUUUGAUGAGCAUAAUUAAAUUUGUAAUCGGAUAUGUAAUACAUAUCUGAACUUAAAUGUUAACACUCUUUGUACAAAUUCUAGUUUCAAAUAAACAAUGCUCAUGUGUUUA